AUGAAAUAUGGAGACAAGUCUCUCAGGAAGAAAUCUUCUCAGAGGAAGACAUGCCGUAUAUGUUUUGACGAUGAUUCUGAAGUUGAUCAGAUGCUUUCCGGCUGCGGUCAUCAAUUCUGUGUAGAGUGCAUGAAACAGUAUGUAGAAGCCAUGCUACUCGAGGGAAGAGUACUGAGAUGUCCUCAUUAUCAGUGCGAGUCUAAGCCAACUCUUAGAAGUUUUGCCAGUCUUUUGACACCUAAACUAAAAAAGAUGUGGGAACAAAAGAUCCAAGAUGACUCGAUUCCUGUACUUGACAGAGUUUAUUGCCCAAACCCGAUGUGCUUGGCUUUAAUGUCGGUAUCAGAGCUCUCUAAAUCUACUAACGGACAUAUGAGAUGUUGCUUUAAAUGUUCUAAACCCUUUUGCAUCAACUGCAAAGUCCCAUGGCAUAAUAACAUGUCCUGCGGUGAUUACAAGAGGUUGGGUCCAAAUCCUACAACAAAUGACAUGAUGCUAAAAACUCUAGCAAAUCAGAAGAUGGGCGCAUUCAUGUAA